AUGAGUGAGCUUCUAGUUUCUGGAGAGAGGGUUUUCUGUCGCGCGGGUUCUUCUUUGCGCCUCUCUCUCUACCCUCGCUCUCUCUCCCCGACGAACUCCCUCUCUCUCUCUCUCUGCCCUCGCUUUUUCCGACCGGCGAACCACCGCGAGCAACCGACGAACCAGGAGGAUACCGGCGAGACGACCGCGAGCAACCGACCGGCGUGCGACCUCCCUCUCUCUCUCUGCCCUCCCUCUUCCCGACCGGCGAACAACCGCGCCGCCCUUCUGCCUCCGCUUCUGGGCCCGACUCGUCCGUCCCUUACUCUUUGUCUCUCCUCGCAUCUCUGUCUGCCCUCCCUCUCUUCUACAGCGAACCACCGCGUGACCGGCGAACCACCGCGCCACCCCCCCUCCGGCUCCAGAUCCGGCACCGGCUUGUCCAGGUUCUUGUGGAACUGUCUAUCACGCUCUGUGGAUGUGGUGGUGAAGGUAUUCUCGAUGCAAGAAUAUUCAGAAGAAUUGAUAAAUUCCUUUAGACAAGAGGCGUCUCUUAUGAAAAGACUUCGGCACCCCAAUGUUUUGCUUUUCAUGGGAGCAGUAACUUCACCUCAGCGCCUCUGCAUAGUCACAGAGUUUCUUCCACGUGGAAGUUUGUUUCGCUUACUGCAGAGGAACACAGCCAAGUUGGAUUGGAGACGUUGUGUUCAUAUGGCUUUGGAUGUGUGAUCCAAAGUGCCGACCGACGUUCCAGGAAAUACUGGAAAGAUUCAAAGAUUUGCAGAGACAGAACGCACUUCAAUUUCAGGCUUCCCGCUCUGCUGGUGGCGACAGCACUCCAAGGGAAACGUGAACCAUCCGGUGCAUCAAGAGGAUUUGUCUAUACAUUACAUUGGUGAACAGUCCAAGCAAACCUGGCUAUUCACCAGGAAGUUGAUGUUGCCAACCAAUCUCGACUCGCUUUGCUGCUUCUGGACCAUGAAAUUUGGCGACCAGAUUUUGGGACCAUUUUGAGAGGAUAGAAUGUUUGUCCUUCGUUUGAGCAAUUCAAUUGCAGGUGGAUCUAGGACGAUUGUAUGUCGCUUUUGUGCAUUUACUGGAAAAGUCACAAAGGAUCUUGUAGAUAUGUUGCAAAGUGUUGUGGAGAUCGGAGGCUGAGCACAUUAGGCAUUGCAAUCCAUUUGUUUGUGAUACAUUUAUAGGGGAACAUUAGAUUCUCAUCAUAAAGCUGUACAAAUCAAAUGAACUUUGACGGCUCUUAGUGGUGAAACAGAGAGAUUUGCAAUGGUAA